AUGAACGCGACUCAACUGUGUAGGACGUCCUUAAGAGCAAGGUGGCCCAGAACACCCUGCCGCAGCGCUUCAAACAAAGCAUCCCGACCCCCAAAGUCAAGUCCCAAACCAGUCUUGAAACAGCGACAGAGUCCAUCUCAGCGUCGCCCAAGGCCCCAAAAUCCCAAUGCGCACUUGGACUCGCUCGAGUCCAGUCCCGCAAAACGCGGCCAUGGGAUUCCCCCGAGAGCGCUGACCUUCUUGGGAAUCACCGCUCUGACCAUCAGCACAUACUGCGGCUAUCUGUAUACAUCCUACAGGAAUGAAGUCAGCAAAGCGCAGAAGCUCAAUGUGCCCCGCGACGUUUCAGACAGAUAUAACACCACCGCAUCAACUUUCGAUGCAGACGUUGCCAUCUCCGAAAAGGCAAUGGGCCUAGGCAAAAAGCGCCGUGACCUCGUCGCCAUGGCGCGCGGAAACGUCCUCGAAGUCAGCUGCGGUACCGGACGUAACCUGCCAUUCUACGAGCUCGGCGAACGCCGCGGGACCGACCAAGACGGCCGCGCCAGUGUGGUGGGCUGUCGGACCGUGACAUUCCUGGACCUGAGUCCGCAGAUGAUUGCCAUCACGAAGGAGAAGUUCGAGAAGCUUCAUCCUGGUUUCGCGGGUGUGGAGUUCCAGGCUGGAGAUGCGGGCUCUGUUGGGCCGCCGAGAAUUUCGCAUGGUGCGCGGUACUUUGAUACUGUUUUGCAGACUAUGGGUUUGUGCUCGAUGCCUGAUCCGGCUGCGACGUUGCGGCAUCUGGGUUCGGUGACGGAGCCGACGAGGGGUCGGAUUUUGUUGUUGGAGCAUGGUCGGUCUCAUUACGAUUGGCUGAAUCGCAUCUUGGAUAAUCUUGCGCCUGCGCAUGCGGAUCGUCAUGGUUGUUGGUGGAAUAGGGAUAUUGGGGCUAUUGUUCGUGAGAGUGGAUUGGAGAUUGUGGAGGAGAAGCGCUGGCAUAUGGGGACUACAUGGCGAUAUGUGUUGCGACCAAAGGAGUCUCGGUCUUGA